CAACCGAUAGUAGUACGAUCGUCAUGGCAGUAACAUCAUUGAGAAAGGAGGUGUCAGAGGAGGACCCGGAAUUACAAGAACAAGAACACGUCCACCUGGUGUAUAAUGAGAUUGCAUCCCAUUUCUCGCAGACCCGGUAUAAGCCAUGGCCAAUAGUUGAGAAGUUUUUACAAAACCGUCAAGACUACUCGAUAGGAAUAGAUGUUGGAUGUGGGAACGGGAAGUAUUUGGGAGUGAACGAUAAGUUGUUUAUGAUUGGGACCGAUCGGUCAGAUGGGUUGAUAGGGUGUGGUAAAGAAGUAUCUGCAAAUAAAUAUAAUCUUGGGGUUGCCGAUGGAUUGAGUUUACCUCAUCAAGACAAUCGAUUUGAUUUUGCUAUAUCUAUCGCGGUGAUUCAUCACUUCACCACAGAAGAGAGAAGAGUGCAGGCAAUACAACAUAUACUUGGUAAGUUAAGAACUGGAGGAGAGUUAUUAGUGUAUUGUUGGGCCUUGGAGCAAGAAAAUUCCAGAAGAGGAUACAAGGAAGGAGAUGACCAGGAUAUAUUGAUACCGUGGGUUUUGCAGAAGAAACAGCCCAAGAAGGACAAGCCAAGAAGAAGAAGAAGAGAUAAGGAAAUAAAAGAAGAAGAAGUAAAACAAGAAGAAGUAAAAGAAGAAGAAGUAAAAGAAGAAGAAAAAGACAUCAAAUACAGAUAUUAUCACUUGUACAAAAAAGGAGAAUUACAUGAAAAUGCCCUCAGGGCAGGUAACUGCACCAUCGUCGAAGAAGGAUACGAAAAAGAUAACUGGUGGAUCAUCAUUAGAAAAUCAUAAAAUCAUAAUCAUAAGGUUUAUAGUUUGCAGUAAAAAAAUGUAGUGCAACAC